ACGUCGUCGCCGCUGUACGCGCGGGGCUAUGGCGCGUGCACGCCGCGUGAAAUGAUAGGCGUGGGACGACGGGGCUCACUGCGUGCCGGCCAAGCGUUUGGGCGAGCGAGCUAACCCAUCGGCGUGCGUCGUUGUGCGUCGGCGACGCGACGAGCGGCGGCGGCCAGACCUCCCGGACACGGGGGCACCCUCCACUGUGCGCCUCGACGGAUUCCUGUUACACGGCCGCCCCCCACCCCGCCGUCCUCCGCGGGAUAGCAGGUGCAUCGCGCUGUACACCACCAGCCGCUCCAUGCUCCCCAUAAAUGCCAUGGCACAGAAAGUGGUACCGGGAUCAGAGUCGGGUUCGAUGAAGCCGCUGACCGGCAGCGGACUGAGCUACGUCACGCUGCAGCCGCCCAGUCAGCCGCUCAGUCUGGUGCAGGACCACAGACCGUCCGUGUAUCAGACGCCGCCGUACAUAGGCGGCAACAUGGAGAAGGAGCCGGAGGCGGAGAAGUUGAUUCCGAACGGCGUCGAGAUCACGAAGGCCGAGGCCGAGCAGGACGUGCCUGUUGUCGCGAAGCAGACCGAGUCCAACAGGAACAACAACCUGAGUCCCGAGACCCCCGCUCCAGAGCAGCCGUGCGAGGUGCAGUCGGAACAGGCGCUAACGUCCUUGAUGGAGUUCCCACUGAGUACUCCGAUAUGCACCCCGGCGCAGAAUAAAGUUGAGGAAAAGAAGAUCCCUGUAAAUAAUGGAUCAAAGGAACCAGACGGCAAAGCUGUUAAUGCUUCUGUACAUAUAAAACAAUCUCCACAUAAGCCAGAAGAGACACAAGCGAAGAACGAAGUCCCAAAGGCAAAACCCACAAAUCAGAGUUUGAAAGUAUCGAGUGAUAAUGCCGCCCCGACAUUAACUAGUGCAUAUAAACCUGACGCGAAAGUCACUACCUCUCCCAAGACGACUAAGCGAAAAUCCAGAGAGCUGAAAGAUUUGAAGGCAGCGUCCGCUACGAUCGCUGACGGCGCGAGCAAACCCAAGAGAAACCGGAUUCAAACACAGCCCUAUCAGAGCCCGUUGCCGGAGAUCGCUUUACUGGUCAAAAAUCUCAACAAGACUCCUGGUUCUAAAGCCCCUGACGACAAACUCAUCGUGUUCUACAAAAACGAAUUUUUGGCUGUGAGGAAUGCAGAGGGAAGCUUCUAUGUCUGCCAAGCGAUGCAAAACAUCUACAAAUCGAGCAGACGCAUCCGCAUACGUUGGCUGUCUCAAGACAAAACCAAUGGUGAAUUCUAUUCACCUGAUUUCUAUGACACCAUAGACUUUGAUUGUAUAUUAACGAAUCUGAACCUGAGCAAGGUCGACAAGCAUAAAUUCUGGUUAACCAGAAUAGAGCUGCUGCGUACAGAAAAUAUUCUGAAGCGGGCAAUCGACGUCGAGGCUGGUGUCUCUGAAAAACCUCGAGUUACAGAAGAACAUCCCGAUGGAUUGGACCUGUCGCUUUAUAAAGACGAGUCGCAGCUCAAGAGAAGAAAAGGCCUGCAAAGUGAGAAGUCGAAUCGUAAAAAGUCCAAGCGAGCCACGAGUUCUACGGAUGACGACGCGGACGAGGAAGAAUCGGACCGGAAUCGGAAAGCAUCCAAAGUGAGUCGCGCGAAGAAACGAUCGGUCAAGGCACUGGCGAUCGCCAAGUCUGUCGCGAAGGGCAGCAGCAGGGCAGAGAGAGCGCUAAACAGAAGCACGAAAUCCGGCAAUAGUCUAGACAACGAUCUUGUUACUACUACUGUUACUGCUGCUGCUGCAGCUAUCACCACAUCUAUCGUGACUACCGCUACAACUGCUACAGCAGUUGCUGCUUCUGCUGGUGCUUCUGCAACUGCUGCUACCGCCACGACCACAACUACUGUCAAUCCCGCCACCGUUUCCGCGGUAGCGGAUACCAAAAAUAAUGUAGACAUGAAGAAGUUGGAUUUAAAGAAGAACGGCAAGCAGCAAAGUAAUAACGGCACCAGAGGAGUUCCAAGAACAAAACCCGGAGGUUCUGCUCAAGCCACACAGCAAUCGAGUAAAAUAGCAGGACGUCCGAAGCGUGUGGCCGCAACCACCGGUGUUGUUUCGACUGAGGAAGCACCUUCUCCAAGGAAGAAGCCGCGCGGUCGGGCAUAAAAUUAACUUAAGCGUUGCUUUUUUUAUGCUACAGUUACAGCCGAGUCUGUAUCGUAGGCAAUAUGUACGUGUGGUACACCUCUGGAAAUUGCAAUGAAUUUGUUAUGUAAUAUAUACAUGUAAUAUGUAUGGAUCUCAAGAUAAAUGUAUCAUGUGCUGCGAUAAUAUUAUAGUCCAAUGAUACGGGAUCAACGACUUGUGUCUCUGAUUCGUCAAGUCGCAUUUGAAAAAAAAAAGAAAAGUAAAAGAUAAAAGAUAAGAAAAAGAGACUCGGAGAUUUAUGCGAGCGAUAUUGUGAUAUCAUACAAAAUUUGUACAUAUCGUCUACGUCUCAGACUCCUUCAGGGGAAGAAAGUCACGGAAUGUGUGGGAACGGUACCUUGAGUUGAGUAAUAACUAAUCUACAGGGUGUCACAUACUAAUGCACUCUUGCAAUAGUCUAUUUUUGAUGUUGUGAGUGAACCGUACGUGAUUCAGUUAAUUUUAAUGUACACUUUCCAUUGGAUAUGAUAUAUACUAUGUACAAAUACACAUGUCUGGAAGAGGUAGGAGUUAUAUGUAUUCUGUAAAACAGAGACAAAGAGAGAAAGAGAGAGAGAGAGAGAGAGUAAGAUACAAAGAAAUGAAAAAAUAGUGUCGAUAAAGAAAACGAGAACAAUCCCGAGUAUUACCGAUCCCCCGAGUUAAUCCUCGGUCAACUGAUCGGUAAAGGAUUUUGAAGUACAAUACAUUACUGUACAUUAUGCUGAAUCCUUGCUGUUAAAAAAAAUCUAGCACAUAUAAAAAUGGUCCAGCGCCUAUAUAAAGACAAGCAGAGUAAAGAAGUGCCCUGAAUUGUCUCCUUGUCAAUCCAAGGGAUUCGCGAGAGACUCGCGAGCGGAAAGUAGCACGUUGCUUAUAGUUUGUUUUUUCAAUUUUCACUUGCGACGGCCCGUUAUAAAAUCGCAGGGUUCGUAAUAAAAUCAGAGAUCGAGAGAUUGAGUGGGAGAGAAAGAGAGAGAGCAAGAGAGUGGUGCCACAUGAUUAUGAUUUUAGUUACGUAGACAUAAUCUUUAAAAGAAGAACGAAAGAAACAAUACUUAUUUAGAGCGCUAAGUUUUGAAGUUUAAUUGUAUAAAUCUUGAUUUACAUACGCGUUAAUUUUAAUCUCUCCCUUUUUUUUUCAUCGAGGGUGACAGAAUGACAAAUGAUUAAAGUGUAUAUUUAAUGUCAUAUGCUAGACAAUUAUGAUUUAUAUAUGUCACCAAAUUUAUAUAGAUUUACAUAUAUUUUAAUAUAGCGCAUAUUUUAUAUUCUGAACGUUUGUUGCGAGGAACGCAAGCUUGUGUCAGUGUAUUUCUUUUUCCCCCCGUGGAAAAACCGUUAAGGAAGUGUAUCGUUUGAUCGUGUAACGUGUAAUGAGACAUUGUAUGUUUCUCUUUUUAUACACUAUGACAGUAGCGGUACGAGGAUCUUGCGAAGCAGAGAUAGAUUAUUUAUAAUGUUGUGAGAGGUCGGCAGCUUCGAGCGUCAACGGGGAAUAACCCUGUACGUCGUCCACUGCGAGGAUGAAUUUCUUUGAUUAGGAUUCCGUGUAUCGGGACAUGUGUAAACGCAUUUUAUACAACAAGAGACCGUUAAAGUACCGUCGUUCUCCCGCUUGAUUUCGCCCGGACGUAAAGCGUGUACAUAAAGCGAUUAGAUAAUCAAAAUUGUGCAUACGAGUGUUGACCACCGAGGGGCCCUUCCUUCGCUGGCGUUCCGAGUGAAAUUAGGGCGAUCACCAUUGCAAUUCGCUUAGCACGUAUCACACGGCACCCGCUUUUCAUUUAGCACAUUACGCAAUUCUCUCGAUAAUCGCUUAUUGUUUCUCGAUGACCCAUGAGCGCUUAUACGUUGAGUGCGAACACGCGAGACGCCGUUUAUAAGAAAAGGAAAGAACAGGCAUAUCGACCUCUGCUCGAAAAAAAAGAUGAUGAAGAUAGAAUACGAUAUAAUUAUAACUAAAUGGUUAAGGUGGAAUUUUUAAUUCUCGAGAUGGGACACGCAUACACGAGUAAGAUAUCAAUCCUGUCAUACUUGGUCCAUUGCACAUUGUAUUGGAGAAAUAUACGCAUACAAGGCAUACUGUAUAAAUUUAAGUAAAGAAUUCUAAUAACAAUACACACACACACGCA